CCGGUUGCCAGCUCAUAUGUUUUAUUGAGUCUCUUAGCAUCUUAGGCCUCUGUUUCUGCCUUCUGCUUGGACUGGUAUCUGGCAUAGCUGAGUUACUUCAUUGGUCAUAUUUAUUUAAAUAUUUAUUUUAUUCAAUCAAAUCUGAAAUGGAAGACAAUAAUGAAAGUGAUGCUGGCACUAAGACUGGAGAUCCAGGUGCAAGUCGGCAUGGAAACUUUAUCAAUUAUUACAAGUUUCAUCCAGCGAACGAGCGUAUUUGUCAACUUCCGCAGGGGCUGUGGUUAUCUCCGGACGGAAAAUACAUUGGGCUUGAUGUCGGCUGCAAUGCCGGGGAACUUACGAUUCAACUGCGUAAAUUUCUUCAAGAUAAUCUUACUGUAAAUACAGAUAUAAGUCUACUGGGUAUUGACCUCGAUCCAAUUUUAAUAGAACGUGCACGUGAAAAUAAUACGUACUCACAAUCAAUAACUUUUGAAUGUCUUGAUUUUGUGUUAUCUCAAAAUAGAGAUGAUAUCAUUAAAACUUAUUUAAAAAAAUUCGACAAAAAUAAAUUCGAUGUGAUAUUUUGUUUCUCUGUUACAAUGUGGAUUCAUUUAAAUCACGGCGACGAGGGUCUUGUUAAAUUCUUAGAAAACAUUUGCUCUUAUACACAAAUGCUCGUUAUUGAACCGCAGACUUGGAAGUGUUACCGUAAUGCUUCGAGAAGAUUGAGACGUUCUGGGGAACAAGAUUUUACAUUAAUAAACUCAUUAAAAUUAACUGGCGAUAUGGACAAACAUAUUGUGGAUAUUUGUACAAAAAAAUGUAAUCUCCAGAGAAUUGCCAUGAGCGAAGACAAUACUUGGGGUAGAAAAAUUCUAAUCUUCAAAAGAAGUUAAUUCAAUUAAUUUUUUUUUUUUUUACAAAUAAAUCGUGAUCAAAAUA